UUCAAUAAGACAAUUUUUGAACUGUCUGGACUUUUUCAAAGUGCCUUUUAUUAAAUAUAGAACAUUCACACGCAUCCAGUCAUCUUACAUCCUAACAGCAGUUGAUAGCAUCUGGAAACGAACCCAGAAAAAAAUGUUCCAGAUGUGCGAAGGCCGUUCUCUGAGGCUAGGAGGUGAUGCUAGCCAUUGUUCCCCAGGCCAUACAUCCAAGUAUGGAUCCUACACACUGAUGGACCUGGAAACUGGACAUGUCCUUGAUGUGCAGCUUGCUCAGAGUGAUGAAGUAAAGAACAGCAAUGCCAUGGAGCUGGAGGGUCUCAAGCGGGCACUCUCAAACCUGUUCAACAACGGGCUAAACGUAUCAGACCUGGUUCCUGACCGCCAUGUCCAAGUCAGGAAGUUCAUGAGAGAGGAGAUGGGCCGGGUUUGCCAUUGGUUUGAUGCCUGGCAUAUGGCUAAAGGGAUCAAAAAGAAGCUGAUGGCACUUGGAAAGAACAAAAACGUGGAACUAGUUGGACAGUGGGCUCAGUCAUUUGCCAAUCACCUGUAUUAUUGUGCAGCUUCAAGUUCUGGCAAUGGUGACAUGGUGGUCGCGAGAUGGAUGUCCAUUGGAAUCCAUGUUUCCGACAUACACGAAGGUCACGGGGACUUGUUUCCGAAGUGCCUCCAUAGUCCCAUACGGAGGAACUGGAUUAAGAACGGCUCGAAGGCGCACAAGGAAUUACUGUUGGUCAUCGGAAGCAAGCGCCUUCUCUCUGACAUUCGAAUGCUGUCACCAGCUGAACAGACCUCGAUGCUGGAGGCUCAACACAAGGUGGUCUGCCAAGUUGCGCCAAAAUUUGUCAGCUUUUCAUACGCAGCGAUGAAACAGUGAUUGCAUCUGGCAGCCCUGCAUUACGUUUCUAAUGCGCACAGAAAACAUGCAGAGACGAAGAACUGCGAAAAGCGGUACAGAAUUUCGCAGCCAAAGUAAGAGGCGGGACACCAUGUCGUGAAACCUGUUAAAGAGGCCUGCAAUUAUGAGCUCAUGGCUGAAUUGCUGCAAUUAAAACAACAGUUCAAGAGCACCCGGAUUGCUAAGCAGGCAUCUUCUUCCAUUCUGUCCUCUCCACCACCUUUGGCAUCAUCUGCAAAGAAAAUUUUAAAGAAUUAAGCAGUGCAGUUGCACCGCUCUAGGUUUAAUUAAUUACAAUAAUUGGAAACAACUUGGCAUGCCAUUUGUCAUGUAUUGCUCCAGCUGGGUUUAGUGUUUGUGCAUAAGGUGUCAUCCCAGAUUAGCCUGUGACAUACAUGUUUAUAAUUAAUUAAAAAAAUCCUCGCGCUGGAAAGAUGGGGCAAAGCCUGCGCAAAAUAUCUCGUCCCAUAUUAGGCUGUGUCACUGAUAAGACUGUGCAGACUCCACGUGAAAACAAGUUUUAUAUGAAAUGUCUACGAACGUGACCUUUUGACAAAUAAGAACCAAAUCCUAGCUAAAGCACUGAUCACGUAUUGUUUCAAAUUCACAUAGCAACCACAAUGAUUUUUUUGAAAAAUGUGAAUGUAUUAUUUUGACAAAUAUGCUGCAAUAAUCCUUUUCCCAUUGUGUGCUAUACUGUUAGUAUAAAAAUGUUAAUGUCAACACCUUUAUUUUUAAAUGUUGGGACCAUGUAGUGUUAGUAUUGGUCUGUAAAAUAUGUUUUAAAAGUCAUUUUGUUAAAGGUACUUAAUUUGAAUCCAUGACAAGUUGUAUUGCAACAUUGUGCUAGUAAAUCUCAUUUACUUAUUCCGUCCCGUUUUCUAAAACUUGCCGUCAGGUUACAAGUUGUUCUGUUGUUGUGUCUGUGGUAAUUUAUG